CGUGGUAACGAGUUGCCCCUUGUUCCUUUCUGGUUGUUCCCGAAGAAGCGAGCGAAGAAUCUGAAGUCGCCAAUCCCAGGAAGAUCCCUGCUUCCCCCGUUGCCAAGAUGGCGGCUGCCUGGGCGGCGGUGGCCGUGAUGCUGCUCCUUGCGCGGGUCUCAGCCGCGGCUCCGGUGACGGGUCCUGCCUUCCUCUGGGCGCCAAGCAACUACGGAUUCUCUUCUGAUGAGACUAAAGAAAUAGUCCACUAUCAGACAGUAUCCCUGAAGAGCUUAGCGAAAUCUGUUCUUGAGGAAGGUGGUUGGUCAAACUUGGUGUGUUCAGAGGAGGAUCGUGAAAAGAGUGUCGAUGUUGCAGUUCUUUUUCUUGGAUCAAAGCUACAAUCAUCUGACAUCUCUAGAGAUAAGCAAGUUGAUCCAACUUUAGCAGACACAUUGAAGAACUCCUUCACAAGUUCCGAGUUUUCCAUGGCAUUCCCCUACGUUGCCAUGUCAAAUGAUGAGAAAUUGGAGAAGUCAUUGCUAUCUGGGUUUGCUGAGAAUUGUAACAAUGGUUUUGGAGAUAAUCAUAUCACCUACACAGACACCUGUUCUGUAAGUGAAGAUCUGAAGAAACAUCACAACAUGGAUUCUAUCCAUGAAUUGGUAACAUCACAAAUUGAAAAGAAUCCGAGUGGAAAGACUGAACUAGUUGUCUUCUGUGGCGGUGGUUUCAAGGAUUUAGAUCAGACAAAAUCAGAAGGGGAGUUGCUUUCUGAAAUGGUUACUCUGCUGAAGAAAUCUGGGGCAAAAUAUACAAUUCUUUAUGCUUCUCAACCCUAUGGUUUGCUAGAGAACCCCUCAAACCUGCCGUUAGGCAGGUAUCUUGCAGAGAAGACCAAUACUACUAAACCUGGCCGUGGAAAAUGUGAUGGGGAGUGCUUAGUAAAAUCAACUCUGCUGGAAGGAAGCUUUGUUGGAAUAGUCUUGUUAAUCAUCUUGAUAUCAGGACUCAAAUGUAUGAUGGGAAUUGAUACCCCUUCAAAGUUUGAGGCUCCCCAGGAAUCGUAAGCCCAAUUUAAAGCAGAUCUGAAUGGAAGCUCAAGGACUAGGGGAAAAUUUAAUAGCUGAUGUAGCAGAUCUGUAUUGUGCAUAUAGUAAGUUUCCUACAUGAUGCCUUAUGUAUUUUAAUGAGAAAGCUUCGCACAGUUUGCAGUCAAUUUUUGGUGGAAUAUUACAUUUCAAUACGUACAAGUGCAAGUCUUGGAUUGUACCAUAUAACACUGCCUCCAGUGUUUUCUGUGUGAAUAAGCUGGAAUUCAGUACUCCGAGUAGCCAAUAAGAUGUUACAGUUCAUUGAAUAAAACCGUGCGAUUCAUUUCAUA